AUGGACGUCGUGGAUAUGAAGACACCUGCAGAGCCACCGUCCAUACCACAGGAACCGGUACCACUAGCAUGCUCGUCACCAGACCGGCCGUCCCUGUCGACCUUUGAAAGAGUCGUCUGCUCGAAUCCUCCCAUUCUCGACUCGCUGUUCGCCCAGCUCACCACACAAGAUGCUCUUCAUAUUUACCAUACGAGUCCCUACCUGCGAGCAUUCUUGCGGAACUCGCCUACCGCCUGGCGCUUCGUCUCAUGGCGUCUGUAUCAACAGACAGUCACAGCCCCGACUCCCACGAACAGUACGAACCAGCCGAAGCAGUCCAGCAACUACGCUCUCGACCACUUGCUCAUCAGCGUCAUAAACCCAUACAGUACACGUUUACAGAGUCUAGAAUUGGACAACACUGCAGUCAGUGGAAGCACAUUAUCACAGACUGUGUUGGUGCUACGGAGAGACACGUUGCAGCAUCUCUCUGUGAGAGGGUGUAAGAAUGUCUCGUUGAAAUACCAUAUCAAUCCGUGGCUGCAGAUGCACGCCCUAGCAAAGCAAGCAGGCGUCUUUCCCUACGAUAAGUUGGCCCUCAAAAGUCUGUACACGUACCGCUGUCGGCAUCACAGACGGCGGCCGUAUCUACCACAGAGCCUGAACCGGAAAGAGAGCGACAGUGAACCCACACAUGAGCUGGUGAAAGCAUGCCACGAGCUCGGGAUCUGGACAGACACCGCCUGGUGCACAACUCCGGGUCCUCGCUGUUUCCGGCGACGUGGCUAUGUCACCAUGCGCACUCCGCAGGAUCCUCGCGAAGUCUGGGUCGUCUUUGAUCGAUUGUGGAGAAGCAAGAACUGGAUCGGUCCGGCCGAGACCAACAGCAGUUCGAACACUACGAAUGCGUCGUCACCGAAUCAACGCCGAUCUGAUCCUCGUCUGUGGGAGUCGCAGGAGGUGGCUCGCAAGGGCGAAGCUACUGGCAUUUCUGGUGAUGGUAAAGACGUGCCAAUGCACCUUCGUGCCUCCCAUCGGGUCUUCGUCGAGGAUCACCAAUGCCACCAGUGUGGCGAGACAAUACUCGAGCGCUGCGAGCAGUGUUCGAUACUCAUGCAUUGCUCCGGAUGUCGAAAAACCUUGUGUGCUUCAUGUGCGUUCGAUCGACCGUAUCUGCGCAACAAGACUGCUCCAAAGGAUGAUCGAAACAAGUUCUGGUGGGCCCCCGGAUGCGCUAUCUCACCAUGUUCCAUGCAGGAUUCUGACACCCAGCCUCCUUUUGCGAACGCAGGCAAUCUUGGACCAGGUAACGCUCUUCCGAAUCUUCGCUUCAAAUGGUGCUGCACCGAGCCCGUUUUCUCAGGCGGCGGUGGCAUCUCUUUCCAGACAACCACUCGUAACGCGGAUCAUAUCCGUGCCGCGCCACUACCCAAAGACCACGGCUGGGAGGACAAAGAAUUUGCAGAAGCGUCAGAGGACUCGAGUUGUGGUUGCACUAAAGGUGAACUGGCUGGCCGUUGGAAAUCGCUUCCUGAUUUCUUCAUCAAAAAUCUUGCGCUCAACGAACAGGGUGUGCUGCUGCCGGCUCUACCUGUGCCACGGAUGUUAUGUGAGGACUGCCAUUCGUCCCCAGUCUGGCGGAUCAACUGCAAGUCAUGCAGCACACCAAUAUGUAUCAAGCAUGAUUUCCGUGACAAGAUGAAGAUUCGGAUAUGCGGUGUUCGAGAUGUGUCUGUGGAAGCCCGGGAAUACCUUGCAAUGAAGAAGAAAUGGGAUCAGCGAAUAGGCAAGCUUAAUGCAGGCAAUGAUCCCGACUGGGAGCUACUGGCACGCGAGUUCUUCCAGCAGAAAUUGGCUUCUUUGAACCACGUAAGGUCAACAGAAACGAGGCCACCAGUCGCGAAUGUUUCGUCGCUGUUGAGGCAGAGCUUGCAACCAUGCAACGACCAACCUAGUCAGAUGCCAGUGCCGACUAUUCAACCACUGCCAGAGGGGCUUGCCGAUGACACUUCAUCCCAUCAAUCAAUACUUGAGACUGAUCUCCCACAGCGUCCAUCAUCUCGAGGCUCAAACGUCUCGGACACAAUUUCUCGCGCGUCCUCGCCGGCACCUUCAGCAGAGACACCUCCUGUCACUCCGGAGCCCAAAUCAACUCCGAGAAAGGCUGCAAAGAGAGAUAUCAAGCCAAGUUUGGAACCUCCCUGGAAGGCUGCUUCGCCUUCUACUGUAGUCCUACUAGAUCUGCGGGCGACACGCGCCGAAGAUGCUUGGCACGAUGCGACAGUGUACCGAAUGCAAGAUCAACCAGCACAAGCUGCUCAAGCUGGCAGAAUCCGACGACCGAAGAAUGCAUCAAAGCUGCGCCAGUCCACCGACGCUAGACGACCCUCGAGCAGUAACACUGCUGAUCCUGAUAUCAUGGCAGGCUUUCUGGGCGAGUUCUCAGAGAUGAGAUUUGAUGACAUCCGCCCACUGACUAUCAGUGAGCGAGCUCGCAUACUCAUAAAUCAGCCGACGCCGAAUGUCACCCAAUCGAGUGACCUAGAACAGCGUAACGUCGAAGAGGUCGGAAUCCUGGUAAGAGAGCUCGCCACCCGAAUGCGAGACCUACGAGCACACUUUGGGCCAGACUCGCCGGCUGCGCGGGCAUUACCCAAUAUCACUAUUGACGACGACGGGACCGAGGCAAUCAUACAACAUGUGGAAGGGCUUGUUCAUAUCGACACCGAUUCCAGUGGAGAUGACCCGUCGAGCUGA